AUGAGCAGCUUCGAGAAACUACAAGAGUCCCUCAGUUCGUGUCAUGCAAAACUUGACAACAACGCUGAAAUUCUUGUUACACAGGGAGAAUUGAUCGCAUCUCAGCAGGAAAUAAUAAGGACUCUGCAAACUGAAAAUGAAGCUCUAAAGCAGAAAAUUGAUGACCUGUCGAUGCAAGCCGACGAUCUGGAGCAGUGUGGAAGACGAAAUACUUUGGAAAUACACGGUAUUCCAGUCGCAGAUCGGGAGGUCGUCUCAAAGGUGGUGCUCCAAACUUGCCAAGCUGUAGGUGUGCAGAUAGGUGCAGAAGAGAUUGACUGCUGUCAUCGUCUUAAAAAGCGACCUGAUUCACGAAAUCCGCCACCAAUCAUAGUGAAGUUUGUUCGACGCACGAUCGCUCACGAGAUUAUGCAGCAAAAGCGCAGUGUUAACAAGCUGUCGAUCAGGCGCAUGGGGAUGCAAGGUGAGACCCACCCAGUUUAUAUAAACUUGUCUUUAACGGCUCCACGAAAAAUACUUCUCUCCAAAGUUAGAAAACUUCAAAAGGAAUUUGGCUUCAAAUAUGUUUGGGUGGACAAGACUAGUACAAUAAAGAUAAGAAUUGUUGAGAACGGUAGAAUCUAUACCGUACGAUGUGAGAAGGACUUGAAAGCUGUACCAACUACAGUCAAUUGUUGA